AUGGGCACGGGUGACCUGCGACUGAUCAAAGUGGAUGUCCCGCCAAACGCCCUUUUGGGCGGCAGUGCGAGGUUGCGGUGCCGCUUCAAACUCGGGAACACGCCCCUCUACUCGGUCAAGUGGCACAAAGAAGAUCAAGAGUUCUUUCGCUACGUCCCGAGCGAUCACCCACCCAAGAGCGUCUUCCCACUGAAAGGGGUUACAGUGAAUGUUGCUGAAAGUGACGUAUACGCGGUGCUCUUGGAAAAACUGACCUUGUCCAGCGGAGGAAGAUACCGAUGCGAGGUCUCCGGCGAUGCUCCUUCCUACGAGCUCGUUACCGGCGAAGGGAUCCUCAAAGUCAUAGCUCUACCCAAAGAAGGUCCGAAGAUAAGAAGCAUUCGGAAGUAUUAUGAGGUCGGCGACGCCGUGGACAUCAACUGCUACUCCCCCGAGUCCCAGCCUGUGGUCAGCUUCCGUUGGUUCCUCAACGAGGCUCCCGCGGAGCCGCCGAUCUUCGAGAUCAGCAACCUUGCGACCCUGCACGAGAACGGACUCGAAUCCUCCGCCAGCAGACUUCGCUUCAUCAUCAGAGAGGAUCAAUUUCUCAACGGAUCCGCAUCCAUAAAAUGCGUGGCUGAGGUUCCAGAUGUGUACAUGAAAGCCAAUGAGACGAUCAUUCGCCGAAGACCCGAAAGCGUCGACGCGAGAAGGCCAACUGAGUCCGCCGAUGAUGAGUGCCUUUUAAAGAUGAUUUCAGUCAUAAGGAAAGUAUGGGCUUCUUAUCAAUGA